AUGGCAUCAAGUUUGAAUGUCUUACGUUCAAAGGUAGCUGAAGCCUCAAAGUUUUUGUCCAAGAAUGGAAACACCUACUACAAACAAACACUAGAGCAAAAAAAGAAAUACAUUCAAGAUCCACCAACUAUAGAAAAAUGUCAACAGUUAUCAAAUCAACUACCUUACACUCGUCUUGCCAGUAUUCCAAGUCGCCAUGACGCAUUCUGGAAAGAGCUUGAGUAUGUGAAGCAACUGGUAAAGACAAAGAAUGAGCUUAAAACUGAAGAUAUGGGAAUUGCUGCUCUUUUUGGGUUUGAAUGUUUUGCUUGGUAUUGUGUUGGAGAGAUUGUGGGAAGAGGAUUUACUAUUACUGGUUACUAUGUUUAA